AUGUCGGCGUCCUUCUCCAUCCAGCCCAUAGGCCGCUUCGCUGGCGAAAGCCAGGCUGUCAAGAGACCCAAGGAAUUUGCCUGCUUCUCCUAUGACGACAACCAUGAGUUCCACCUGGACGCUUCAUCCCUCAAGUACUACUACACGCCACAGCUUGGCGCAGACCUCUCCAAGGGCUUCGACACCUUUCAGAAGCAGGAUGAUAGCGGUGAUGAGCACCUCGACAGCUUGCUCAAGACCAUCAUCGCCCAUGAAAAGGAGACGGGCAAGAAGAUUGAUGCCCAUCUAGUCACUUGGAGAGGCAUGAUGACCAAGAUCAUGGCAGCACCUUUUGAAGAUAGGGACGGCUUCGAGAUGAAUGCCACGCUAUAUCAAGACUGCAUCUUCAUUGAGGAAAAUCACGCCUACAAGGUCGCCUCAAGGGCCAACGAAGGGAACGGCAAACGCAGAAGAGGCCCCCCUCUGGAGGUGAUGCAAUUUUGGGGUAAGAGCUCCACCAUUAUCAACAGUUCUUUUGAUCCAUUUGUUGAUGGCUGUGUAACAGGAUACAAGUUUGAGACGCUGUCAACACUGCCAAGUCCAUGGGCAGAGACUUCUCGCGAAUUUAUCGAAAACCGCGAGAAUGAAAUCGUCAACAACAAAGCCCAGUACUGCUCUGUUGUCCGUACAGGUAUCGGCAAAACAGUCAUGUGCCUCGGGGGUGAAGUCGAUGCCAUCUGGGAUUCAAAGCCCGAAGAGCCAGGCAAGCCCAUCAACUGGGUAGAGCUCAAGACAUCUGCAGAGAUCCGAAACCCCGGCGACAUGGAGGGCUUCAACCGCAAGCUCAUGAAGUUCUGGAUCCAGUCCUUCCUUCUCGGCGUCCCACGAAUCGUCGUCGGUUUCCGCACCCGUGACGGUGUCCUGGUCAGCACCCAAGACAUAGAGACGCACAGGAUCCCCGAGACGGUCAACGCCCAGCCGAAUCCCAAGUGGAACGCCGACAUGUGCGUCAACUUUGCCGCCACUUUACUCGAGUGGCUAACACAGAACAUCAACGACGAGGGCGUCUGGAGAAUACAGCGUCGCCCGCAGUCGCCAACUAUCGAGCUGUUCAAGGUUGAGGAGACGGGCCACGGGGAUAUCCUGUCUGACGAGUUCAAGAACUGGAGGAUCAAGCUGGCUCUUGGCCCAAGCGAUGAAACGUAA